CUUGCAACUUGAAGCGCGAGUUUUUGGUGCAAUAUAUCUACCAUGGUUCUCAACGCAAGCUCUCGGGACGAAGAACUCGCUCGUCGCUCGUCACAAAUACGCAGGUUUUUUCGAAGCACAGUUGCAAACAAGGCCAUCGUCUCGCAAUUCCUCACAGAUGUCGAGGUGGAACUGAACAGGCUUCAAGCCGAGAUCUAUGCCCUUCAAAACAAACGAGAGCAGCUGAAGACAACAGCAGACCUUUUCGAGUCUCUUUUGUCACCUAUUCACGCUAUGCCGUUAGAGAUCCUCUCGACGAUCUUUGCAUUUUGUUGUGAGAAGAAUGUAUUGUCCCCAUCUUUUCUUCCCCCAGUUGUUCACCUUUCCAUGGUUUGCGGUCGGUGGCGGGAUGUUGUUCAAUCGACACCUAGUCUAUGGUCCUCCAUUUCCAUCGAGUUUGACGCCUGGUCGGCUCAAACUCAUCGCCUGGAGCCCUUGACGGAGCAGUUCAUGCAAUUCUCUAAAUCAUCUCCACUAUACCUCUCACUCAAGUUCCCCUUCGUCACAGUGGAUGACUUGGUUCCGGUACGACCCGCCUUGGAUGCUAUGGUUCGAAAUUGUGAACGUUGGGACCGUCUGCAUCUGAUUUAUAACCAGUUUCUUCCGGUAGACGCCUUCGCACCAAUUCGUGGUUGCCUUCCUGCUUUGAAAUACCUCUGCCUGAACUUCAUUGGUAGUGGACAGGAACUUUUCACUGCUUCGCAACUUUUCGACACUUGCCCCUCCCUUCGAUCACUCAAACUACAACGAGUCCCACUUGAGUCGGAGGACGAGGACGGGUCACCCCACCUUCCUUGGAACCACAUUAAAAAGCUACAUAUUCAUACUGCUUUCAGUGGCGAUGCAUUUCCUAUCCUAGCACUUUGUCGAGAGGUCGAACACCUGAAGUUGACCGACGUCGGGGGUGUGUCAGACGGCGGAGAAGGCUACUCAGGGCACAUUGUGACAAAUAGCAUCAAGUUCUUGACCGUCGUCGGAGAAGCACAAGACGACCUAGAUGACAUUUUACGACAUGCAACCCUCAAAGGGUUAACCUCCCUCGACAUAGCUAUAGAACAGUCAGAUCCCGCCAUCCGGCUAACGUGGGAUGGGAGCCAUAUGCGUGACUUUUUCCUUCGGUCGAGCUGUAGCUUGACGUCCUUGCGCCUGCAUAUCCCUUUCACUGAUCGACAGGCGCUGUCCGUGCUGCAGAUGGUCCCCACACUCAAGUCUCUUUGUAUUGAGGAAUUUUCUGAUAAGAAAGGAAAUCUUACCAUUACUGACGCCUUCCUCAACGACAUCGCCGUCAAUGCUUCGCUGACUUCGGCCUCUGCUACUCCUAUCUUACCCAAACUCAACGAGUUGAAGUUGAAGAUACACAAGGAUGACAUCAAUUCACAUUCUCUUGUGAAGCUGUUGUCAUCACGAUGCUUCCCAUCGAAUUUCUGCGUCGACGUAGAGUGUUUGCAAUCCGUUGAGAUUGUGGUUUUCAAGAGUAAAGAGCACCCAGAAGAAAGAUCAUUCGACGAUUUGCACUGCUUCGGAGAUGCGGGGAUGCGACUGUCCAUUACUUAUCUGUAG